CAGAAUACGGAAUGCGAAAGGAAAUCAUGAAGAUCGUUGAUGACACCAUGUCCGCAAUUAUCUCAUCAGAGAUGAAAAAAGUGAUUGAGCUAAGUGAAGACCGGACUCUGCUUGGCCUAAGGAGAAUAGAAAACGCUUUAGCGGAAUGUCUUAGAAACGCUGAGGAUAUUCGAGAAGUUGUCACUUGUGAUGAGACGGCGAGAGGCGCCAUUAACAGAAUUUUUGAGCAUCUUCACACCAUGUACAAGCAAGACCUCUUGGAACAAGCUGCUCGUCUCUGGGGUUACGUAGAAAACGAAAAGCCCCACGAACUCGAAUGCUUCGAGGCUGGAUUGGCAGAACUGGCUGCUGUGCACAUUCCCGGGGACCUCAGGGAAAUCUUCAAUGGGGAUCAUCAUCGGAAAUCCUGCGAAACCGCGUUGCGAGAAGACGAACCUGUGAAGGAAGACGCGUAUAAUUUCUGCGAACCUGGACCCAAGUCUAUGCAUGUCUGCCCUUGA